AUGGCCUCGACGGGAGUCAACGUCCUCCGGUGGUCUGCGCUCGGCCUCGGCCUCUUCUACGGCGUCUACCACCAAGCCCAGAUCUCGACGAAGGAGAAGCUCGACCAGUCCAAGCGGGAGUACGCGCACAAGGAAGACCUGAUCAAGAAGGCCAAGGCCGAGUAUGCCCAGAAGAACGCGCCGGCGUCAAGCAAGUCCGACAUCAUCACCGACCCCGAGCACCCCAACUUUGACCUGGAAAAAUUCCUGAAGGCCAAGGCCGGGAACUAG